ACUUAAUACAACAAUGGGAAAGAGAAAGAGCACCGAGGAACAUAGCACUCCCCGCCAUGUUAAAGUCAAUACAGUUGAGAAGGAGUCUGAUGUCGAAACACCUUAUUUAGCUACUUUCCCUGGUACCAAACCCACUUCAGAAAUGAUUUUUACAGCAUACAAAAGUGGUGAAGCCAACCCUUCAGCUAGAAAGGCAGAACAACGUACUAUCUCGGGCGAAACUGACAAAGUUAUUUUCAACGCUUCCAACUUUGGUCCUAAUGCUGUUCGUAACAACCAGUGCAAAUAUAUUGUCGGUGUUUAUUCCAAGAAGAACAAUACUUUGGACAUUACCAAUGCACCCAUUAUGAAAAUGGCACGUUCAGUAAAGGCUUUGGACGCAGACUACGUUGGUAGCAGUACAGCCGCCCGAGGCAAUAUCGCUCGUACUGCACUUGGUUUAGCUUUCGGUACAGCUAAGGCCAAACAACAAUUAAAGAGUGACGAACGUAAUUUGGUUCAAGGUUCCGAUUUAAUGGAAGAAAUGGACACUUUACAUAGCGAAAUCAGUAGGGCAACAGUCAACAUACCAAAGAAGGAAGAAAUGAAGGAAUCGAUGGAAUCAGAUUUACCUGUUCCUAAACACAACAUUGAAGCUGAAUCCCCUGAUGAUGUUUAUGAUAUUGCAUCUAUUGUUACAGAUGACGAGCUCAAUUCCUUGCCAUGCAAGGAGCUUUUGAAGGAGACCUCUUUGGAAGGUGUCAAGAGUCACUUGGCUUAUCAUGACUCCAAAUUUGUUAAUGAUCGACUCAUGGCUAUCAUUGGUUCAUCCGGAAAGAAAGACCGUAACAGAGUUCGUAAACUUAUGUAUAUCAACUUACUAAUGGGAUAUUAUCUUCGUGUACGUCCCGGAGAUUUAAGAAACCGUAGAAAGGUUGAAGCAGCAUUAAAGACACCUUCAAGUUUGAUCCUCGACGGACUUUCAGAAAGAUAUACAGAAUCUGACCAUCGUACACCUAUUAUGGCUGAUAAGAUUCUUUUGUACAUGUUCACUCUUAUUCUCUCAAUUUCAGGUUAUAGUGUACUCAUUGAUGAUCUCGGCAAGGAUCUUUUAAUUAAACCUGUAAAGCUUGCAGCAUUAUUUAAAAGCUUAGGUUGUAAGGUUGAUAAGGCAAGUGCAGAAGAAUGUCGCGAAGUUGGUAAUAAACAGGCAAAGAAGGCUACUUUGGUGAUUCCCUUAAAGUUCCCUGAAGUCAGAACUGGUAUUAGUCGUCGUUAGACAAAUUUAAAAAAUCAUUAAAAAAAUCAUGAAUAUUAUUGCAU